CCGCAGAGACAACAUGAGGCUGUGGGCCUUCCUGCUGCUCGCUCUGAUCGCUCUGACUUUAGCCGCAGAUGAGUCGUGUAUGAGUCGCUGUGAGAAUGGCUUUAACUCAGAGAAGACGUGCCAGUGUGACUCGAUGUGCAAAUAUUACAACAGCUGCUGCUCUGACUUCGAGGUCUAUUGUGGCAUGACGACUCGCGGGGACACGUUUGUGUUUGCAGAGGAUGAUGAGGAUAGUGAGCUUCUUCAAAGCACCACUCCCACUCCCUCGCCUCAACGCUCAUCCCACAGUCUGUCCAUCACUGCUACCGAUGGCAAGCUGAAGCCCACCGAGCAGCCCAUCUCAGACUUUGGUCGCAGACAACAGGAACAACAUGAAACAACUCUAGAAAUGACCAGACCCCCUCGACUGAUGGAAACAAUACUUCAGAAAAUCCCUAUAACACGCAAAACACCCGUAUCAAAGACAGUGGCGACUGCACAGAUAACAACUGAAACCCCUGUGACUGAGGCAGCAGUUGAGACCACCACCGGCCCCGUCACAACAGCCACCACCGAAGCCCCCGACCCAGACGCUAUGGCCUGCAGCGGGAGGCCUUUUGACUCCUUCAUGCAACAAAAAAAUGGCUCCAUGUAUGCCUUCAGAGGGGAUUACUUUUUUGAACUGGACAAAAAGACUGUUCUUCCUGGUUAUCCGAAGCUCAUAAAGGACGUGUGGGGCAUCAGCGGGCCGAUUGAUGCUGCCUUCACCCGCGUCAACUGUAAAGGCAAGACUUACAUCUUCAAGGGAAACAAGUACUGGAGGUUUGAUAACGGUGUGGUGGAUGAGGACUAUCCUCGAGAUAUCAGCGUGGGCUUUGACAAAAUUCCCGAUCAUGUGGACGCAGCGUUUGCUCUGCCGGCUCCUGGUCACAAUGGAAAGGAGAAGGUCUAUUUCUUCAAAGGGGAUCAGUAUCACACAUACGAGUUUCUGCACCAGCCAUCCCAUGAUGAGUGCAUCACCAUGUCAGAGAGCUCUCCGCCCCUAAUGUUCAGACGCUACACUGACUUAUACUACAACAACUACGAAGGUGUCAUCAGCGAGCUGUUCUCUAGCUCGCCUCAGCAUCACGACAAACACCACUUCAUUGACAAGGACUGGAAGGGCCUCAAGUCUCCAGUGGAUGCUGUCAUGGCUGGCAGGAUGUACGUCCCUCCAGUGAGGCCCGCACGACGGCGCAACGACUACCAGCCAGGGCAGCCUUGGAACCAGCAGAACGGGCAGAAUUACCAGCAGUACGGUCAGCAAUACGGUCAGCAGUACGGUCAGCAGUACGGUCAGCAGCAUGGGCAGCAGUGGGCUCAUAGGAGGCAGAGCCGUUCCCCCUACUGGGGCUCCACGGCUGAGCAGGGGAUGAACAUGGGCCAGGGCUUUGCAGACAGGGGGAUGGACAUGGGCCAGGGCUUUGCAGACAGGGGGAGGAACAUGGGCCAGGGCUUUGCAGACAGGGGGAUGGACAUGGGCCAGGGCUUUGCAGACAGGGGGAUGGACAUGGGUCUGAGGUUGGCAGAGAGGGGGAUGGAGAUGGAGGAGAGACUGGGACGAGACUGGAACAGACGAUGGGAUCAAGACUCGGACCAGGACAGACGGAGAGGCGGGACCCGGCAGAACAACAGAGGCAACCACGACUCCAGAAAUGUUGGGUCCGUCUCCAGGAGUCUGCCCAUACAGAGCGUCUACUUCUUCAGAGGAGAGUUGUACUACAGAGUGGACCUGAAGACCAAGAGAGUGGACCGAGCCUCUCCUCCGUACCCCAGAUCCAUCGCCAAGUUCUGGCUCGGCUGUUCAGACACCACCGGGGCAGAGAAGUAGUUGCAAAAUGUUUCGUUAUUUUAAUAUGACCACUAGGACUACAUUUGUAUAUAACUGAUUAUUCAUUUUCCCUGAAACUGGCAGUGUUGGCUUCUUGUAAAGUGUGACACUAAACAAACCGCUCGUCAACGUCAGCAAACAUUGGAGAUCAAUGAAGGUCCAACACGGCUGCUCUUCACCGCCGUAGUGUUUUAGCAUGUCCAAAGUUCAAUUGGUGGAUUAAGGUUAUCUCAUCUGUUCUCAAAAUCAGCUGACCGACUUAGUUAAACAACUAUAAGGAAAAAAACCUCCAUUUGGAAAUCCGGAAGAGAUCGGAUACUCUAGUAUUAUUCUACAGGUUUUCUGUUUUGUUACAUUCGUUCCAAAACCAACACAGAUGGUAAAUCAGGGACUUUUUUUCUAAACCAUGUAUUUACACGUGUUUAUUUUCCAUUGUUUAAUCAUAAGCAUACAGUAAAUAACACAAUAUAAACAGGGUUGAUGAGACUUUUCAUCCACAAAGGGGUCAUAAAAACGUGGCACGUGGUCGUACAGAUUGAGUAAUUAAAAGGAAACAAUCUCUAAAAUGCAAUAAUGGCGGUUUAUGCUAACAGUAGCAUUGUGUAACUGCAAAGGUCAGAGAGCAGCGGCAGAUCGGACUUUGAACAGAGGUCGUAGAAAACAUUGUUACAAUUAUAGUUUUAUAGUCCAAAUCAUACUAAAAUGGCAAAGCAACCUUGUUUACUUUAUAUGUUUUUUCACGGAUCUUUGAACAAUGUAUUUGAUCAGCAUUCACAACCUGUUACAUCUGUUCCAACUUGUACGAUAACAAAUAAAAACGUCAUAUAUUUAAA